UUCAUAAUCAUCCCACAAUUUAUAAAAACCAAUUUUAUCAGCAAAUUAAACCCAAUUAAAUAAAUAAAUUACAUAAUUUUGCUAAAAAAAAUAAAAAUGGGGCACAAGCAUGGUCAUGAUUGGGGCCCUGUGUUUAUUGCAACAAUCUUGUUUGUUCUUCUUUCACCAGGGUUGCUGUUUCAAGUGCCAGGUGGCAAAAGGUGCAUUGAGUUUGGGAGCUUCCGUACUGGUGGGGCAGCUAUUUUGAUCCAUGCUCUUCUAUACUUUGGCCUUAUUUGUAUCUUCUUGAUUGCCCUUGGAAUUCACAUGUAUUGGGGUUAAUUGAUCAAGAUCAAUUACAUUGCAUUCAACCCAUAUUGUUCCUAUCUUUAUUUUAUUUUCUUUGUUUUGGGAGGUCGGUCGAGUUUUAUUGCAGUAUUAAUUUCUAUUUUAAAUUGAAAAAACCGCUCUUUUUACGUAUUAUUAUAGUAUGUUGGAAAAAUAUACGAAAUUUUAAGAGGAUGUAAUAAAGUGGUGGUUCAGAGUCAUUGAGUGUGUCUCUUUUGUUAUUUAUCGAAUUAAUUAAAGAACCAUUUGUCAUUGUUUUCUA